AGGCAAUACACAGUUAAACCAUCAUUGUAUUGACAUUUGCGAUCACAUAUGUCAUCCAAUUGGCUUCCCAGUCGCCAGAUUAGACACACAUCAUGGAAGACCCAGUUCGCGAGAUCCGCACUGUCAUCAAACUGCUUACGCAGUCUCCUCCAAAGUUACAAGCAUCCACAAUUGAAAAGUUCUUCACCCCCAAUGCUUCAUUCUCGCAUCCAUUUUGUCGGACUUGGUCCUUCAAUGGGUCGAGAUGGCUGAUUCAGGCAAUUUAUCGAUUCUACAAGAUUAUGUCACCUCGAAUUGAUCUUGAGGUUAGAUCAGUUGCUUUCGACCAAGAUAAUCUCAAACUCUACGUCACCAUCUCACAAAUCUUCUCGAUUUUCAUCAUCCCCUUCUACCUGGCCCCGGUCACCCUGACAACAGUUCUGACACUAACGACUGAUCCGAACGAAUAUCGCGGCUAUCUAGACUUUGAAAGGUCCGGACACGACGACCAGUCUAGUGAAGAAACAAGGGUUAACGGCGAAACAACCAAAUACUGGAUCUCAUCGCAGGAAGACUUGUAUCAGACCACGGAAUUUGUUAAAUUCUUCUUGCCCUUUGGUAUCGGAGUAUUUCUGGUCUUCGUCUGGCAUGUGUUUGCUACCGCCGGCUGCGUUGUGGGGUCCUUCAUUCUGUCGCCGGUUACUUGGGCUGAGGAGAAGUUUGCCUUGAAGAAAGAGGUGCGCGAAAUUUCAGGGCAUAAUGUGACGGAGGUGACAGGCAACGUAGCUGAGCAUUUUACGCAUGAGGCUGAGGGCUUGAUUAGUGGAGUUGUGGGAUCUGUGCAAGACAGGCUCAAAGAAAUUUGAUGUUCUGAAGUCUGUUUGUUGUUCAACGGAAUAUUUACGAAGUCGCUUCGGAUUUCCUUGGGCAUUGUCUAUGCUAUUAAUGCUCUAUCUCAAAUAUUUACUCUGCACUAAAACCAUCAUUACCAAUCAUCUUAUUAGUCGUGAAGAUUACAUAUUUCCCAACAUUGAAAGCAAACUUAUUCAACUAUCAUUUCCGGUAGUAAAGUUCAAAUCGAGGCCAAAGGGAAAAUGGAUUAAGCCAGAGCACCCAUCGGGUCCCACAAAGGGAGGACCACAGGAUCUUGCUUCAAGACAUCUCGAGUCUCUUUGCUCACAAAUCGUGGAUCAACAACAACUUGAUAGACAAAUUCGUCCAUCCAUUUGUCCGUCAUCACGAACCAGCCUUUGUCACCUGCACUCUCGCCCCACGAGUUCUGCACUCUCCAUCGUACGGGUUUGCCAUUCUCAAUGUGAACGGCUGUCAAAACCAUGGCGUGAGUCAUUGCUGAUUCCCCGGUCUUCAGGCGUUGUUCUUUCGUCAAUCCCAACUUGAUAUUAAAGCCCAGGUCAAAAUCGAAUAAUUCCGUAUCCAUAAUACCAGAUGCAGAAUCGGAAAACUUUCCCACGUCACUGCCGAAGAAAACGGGUAUUCCAGCUCGUAGCAUGGAGAUGGCAGCAUCUUUGAUCGUCUACUGCCAUUAGUGUCUUCCUUAACCUGCUUCUCAAAUUUGAUGAAGACUUACCUUCAUUUCGACAUUCACAUAUCUGACGGGAACGCCUCCCACAACAUUACCCAGUCUAUCAACAGUCAAGAGGCGGUUAUAGUCGUUUCUGGGAUCGUUAACCAGACUAAAAAGCUCAUUAACAUCGGUUCCACCACAUGCCCGCACUGUCUGUUUAUCUGACAAUGUCGACGCAAAAUGGGUUGGUUUCGUCACGACUUUGGUGUACUUAUUUUCCGCAUCAUAGAAUGUCCAGGUGAACUCUUUGUCGGGACCCGGAGGUGGUCCCAGCAUAAUUGUUAGAAUGCUAUGGAUUUCUUGUAGGAAAUAUUCUUUGUGGCCAGCAAUUAAGUCGGUUUUGCCAGUGGCGACGAGCUUUCGAAGAACCAAAGCUUGCUCACGCAAUUUUGUCGUGAUAAGAGAACCCAUCUUGCUGCUAUUUUUGGCAUUGUACGAGUCAGGAUAAAGCAUCUGAGGUACCAAGCCGUACUUAUUGACCAGGUUGACUACAAAAUCCCACUGGCCGCCAUCGCCGACUGGGCUUGCAAAAAGAGCUUGCACCAAACGACCCUCAAGGUCUUCUCCUGCUGUUUGAAUGGCAUGCUCGAGGAACCAAUUGGCUUUCUCAAUCUUAUCCCAGUAAAAGAGAUAAGAUUGACUGAGUUCGAACUCUUUGAGAUUGUACUUUUUCAUAAUGGCAACUCGGAAGACAUUGGUAGAAGCAAAUAGCCAGCACCGACCGGAUGAUCGUUGGUUGGUGAUUGGGGCGCCCUCGAAGGGGAUCUUUAUGUUGAAAAUUUGGCUAUCGGCG